AUGGCAGAAAAAUCCGGGAACACCGAGUUUCAAAUUGAAGAUACUGGGGCGGGUCCGGACUCCAACCGCAUGACCAAAGUUGACACCUUGCAUGGCGAUGAAGCUGUAAUUGUGCUUGAAGCCUAUGAUGGCGAGUCGACUUGGACAAAGGAAGAGGAGAGGCGUCUGGUCAGGAAAAUCGACUUGCGACUACUACCCAUCCUCAUCAUGACGUUUGGUCUUACCUUCUAUGACAAAGUGCAAUUGGCGCAUGCUGCCAUCUUCGGAUUGACGAAAGAUCUUGACCUAUUGGUGGGAAACCGCUAUUCUAUGUCUUCGUCGAUAUUCUACCUUGGGUAUAUCUCAGGAUCCUAUCCAGCAGUACUUCUCGCACAACGCUAUCCUAUCCAAAGGGUAAUAUUUGGCAUCACCUUCGUUUGGGGUCUGUGUGUCAUAUCUUGUGCAGGAGCUUUCAACUACCAGGGUCUCUUUGCCCAACGGUUUUUCCUUGGUGUUCUCGAAUCAGGCAUUUCCCCAGUCUGGAUGAUGGUAGUUGGGGGCUGGUACCGCAAAGAAGAGCAGACUUUUCGUAUGGGAGUCUGGUAUUCAGCGGCUUCCAUAAUGUCGCUGCUUGCUCCGAUUGUAAAUUACGGCCUUGGGCAUAUCAAUGGGUCCCUAGCCCCCUGGCGGUAUAUGUUUAUCGUCGCCGGUGUCAUCACUACAUUAUGGGCCUUUGUUAUCCUGUUUGUUCUGGAGUCGGACCCAAUUCACGCCAAAAGCCUCAACGAACGAGAGAAGUUUAUCGCCAUUUCUCGCCUAAGAGAGAAUAACUCUGGCAUUCGGAACAGGCACUUCAAAGCCCCUCAACUCUGGGAACUUCUCACCAGUGCUCAUUUUUGGCUGGUGUUCUUCAUGGCCGUUACUAUCAACGUGUCUAAUGCUGUCCCAACCACCUUCAAUCCAAUCAUUAUCAAGGCAAUGGGAUUUAGCGGUUUAAAUGCGCUACUUCUGACAAUGCCUACUGGAGGUGUCGGCUUAGUCACCACCCUUGGAACAGCCUUUCUCAUGGCCAAAUACUCAAAGCACAAUUUACGGACCUUGGUAAUCGCAGGCGAGGUAUCCCUGAUGCUUCUAUCGUGUUGCCUCAUGUGGCAACUACCACAUGCGGCCGUGGGGGCCAGGCUAUUCUUUCUGUACCUCCUGUCUUUUUACCCUGCGGCCUAUUCACUCAUCAUGAACCUUUCAAUCGCAAACGCCGCAGGGUAUACCAAAAGAGCCCUGACUUCGUCGGGAUUGUUUGUCGGCUACUGUUGUGGGAAUCUGAUCGGACCAUUUUUGUUUUUGGAACACGAAAGGCCACUUUAUCAUACAGCGUGGACUUCGAUCACAGUUCUAACUGCCAUUUGUGUCCUUCUCGCCUUGACUUACAGGCUUCUAUGUCUCUGGGAGAACAAGAAACGAGAAGAUGCUGGGUUCACAGAGUCCUUUGAGCAUGCUUACGAGGACGACGUGACCGACAGGAAGAACCCCCAUUUCCGAUACAUCUAUUAG